AUGCCUACUAAAUUAAACGCUUUAAUCCUGGGAGCUACUGGGUUAUGUGGUUCUGCGUUACUGAAAUACACAGAACAAUCUGGCCUUAUCAAUAAAGUAUUCACCAUUACUAGAAGACCUAUUGAGUCAGAUAAAACCGCUCAACAAAUUGUAGAAAAAGAUAAUAGUAAAUGGAUUUCACAUUUUCCUACUGACAAGAUAGAUAUACUUAUGACAGGUUUGGCCACAACAAAAAAGGCAGCAGGUGGUGCACAACAGCAAUAUUACAUAGAUCAUGACUUAAAUAUCGAUUUUGCCAAGAAGGCCAAAGAAAAUGGAUGCAGCACCUUCGUUGUUGUAUCUUCUGCUGGGGCUAGUGCAGACUCUAGAUUUUUCUAUUUAAAGAUGAAAGGUGAAAUCGAAAGAGAUCUGAAAGCCAUAGAUUUCGACCAUUUAAUCAUCCUAAGACCAGGACCAUUACUAGGAGAAAGACAAGAAAACUUAAAAGGUUUCGGGAACUCCACAUUUACUACACUUGGUAACUGGGUCUACAGAUCAAGACUACAGGCCUUAGUAGGACACCCUGUUUUUGGUGAUGAGGUAGGCCAAGUCGGUGUCCACCUUGCCCUAAAAGCUUUGAAAGAUAAAAGCUCCGAAAAGGUUCAAAUAGUGGAAAGUAAUGAAAUAUUAUGCAUUGCCGCAGAGCUAAACCAACAUAUUGCAUCUACCAAUUAG